AUGCUGGAGAGCCCACAGGACGAGAGCGUGGUGCGGUGGGGUAACGAAGGAGACAGUUUCGUGGUUCUCGAGAACGAGAAGUUCACGAAGCACAUACUACCGAAACACUUCAAGCACAGCAACUUCGCGAGCUUCGUGCGGCAGCUGAACAAAUACGACUUUCACAAAGUCCGACACAACAAUGAGGAGGGCGGCACAUCACCAUAUGGGCCAGGAGCAUGGGAGUUCAGACACCCCGAUUUCAAGAUGAACAACAAGGACGCACUGGAUAACAUACGCCGCAAAGCGCCGGCGCCUCGAAAGUCCAAUGCCAUGCCGGACGAGAUGAUAGCUACCCAGCAGGUGGACCUCGUCAACACACAACUGGUCGCGACACAGCAGCAAUUGCAGUCUUUGCAGGAAAGAUACAACGAGCUGAGCAUGCAUCAUUCGAUGCUGCUGCAGGAGUUGAUUGGGGUGCAAAAGACGGUGGUCAACCAUGAACAUGUUAUCCAAUAUGUGAUGAGCUUCCUGAACUCUGUGGACAACCAAAGACGGCGGGAGAGCCGGGUAGCCAACCCGUUCGCGCCGCCGAACACGAGUGCAACUAAUGGCGCCAAUGCGAGUCCGUCUGCAGGCGAAGCACGGCCACCUCCUGCCGUUGAGGAGGACGCACCCGCAUCGCCUUUGCAACACGCGAAAAAGCUAUUACACGAGGUCAGCGCGGAUCAUAUGCUCAACACGCGCAAUCUGGAGCAGAUGAACGAGCAGCAGAUGCGCCACAAUGCUGCGUUGACCACACCGCCACCCCAUGUAGAUCCACGGAACGGCACUCGGUCCUCCAGCAGAAACGCAGCACCACACUCCGCGACUUCCUCCACAUCAAUGUCCUACAACGAGCUCGACAAUAUGGUGUAUCCGAUCGGCCACACGCAAGGCAUCGACCCGAUGUACAGUGAGCACGUUCACAACAUUCCGUACGCGUUGCCGGCAAAGGGUACAGAUGGAAGUUUUGCUCAACCUCCAGCUCCUGAAGGCCGGAAGAAAAGCACAACGGUCGACCCAGGUUGGGUGAAGCAGCCGUCCAUUCUACUAGUAGAAGACGAUCAGACUUGCAGGAGGAUUGGUGGCAAGUUCCUCUACGCCUUCCACUGCGCUAUUGAUAGUGCUCUGGACGGCCUGGAGGCUGUGAACAAGCUGAACAGUGGUGUGAAAUACGAUCUGAUACUAAUGGACAUCAUCAUGCCUAAUCUCGAUGGUGUCUCCGCGACCCACCUCAUUCGACAGUUCGACAAUACACCCAUCAUCGCGAUGACUUCGAACAUAAGAAGUGACGACAUCUCGAUGUACUUUCAGCACGGCAUGAAUGAUGUUCUACCCAAACCAUUCACGAAAGAAGGCCUUCUCAGCAUGCUCGAAAAACACCUAUCUCACCUCAAAAAACACCCCGGUGGCAUAGACGCCAUGGCCGCACCUCCACUCCCCCGGUCUAACCGCAGCUUGAAGACUGAAGACUCGCCCGCAACCUCGCCCGCCACGACUACCAACUGGAACUCGCCCAACCCCAUGUCUGGCGUCUCCCCUGCCAGCAACCAAGCAGAUGACUCCUCAAUGUACAGCGCGCCCACGCCGUACCCCAUCCAGCACGGACAACCAGCACCAAUGUACCCACCGAAUACGCCUAUGGGCGCGCCUCCUCGGCAGCCGCAGCCGCCGCACCGGAGAGGAAUCGGAGAUAUCUCCGGUGGAGGGCCUGAGAUGGGAGACAUGAAGCGACAACAGAUGUACCCUCCGCAGCCGGUCAUGGGCCAGUCUAUGCCGCACCCAACGCAACGGCCGCCGCGAUGA